GCAGCUGUCACCAGAGGAUCUAGCCCAGGUUCCAGCUAACUCUACCUCCAACAUUCUGAACCGUCUGAUGGUCAGCUAUGACCCAAGGAUAAGGCCUAACUUUCAAGGUAUUCCAGUUGAGUCCAAGGUGAACAUGUUCAUCAACAGCUUUGGGUCCAUCCAGGAGACGGCCAUGGACUACAGAGUGAAUAUAUUUCUUCGUCAGAGAUGGAACGACCCUCGUCUGCGACUGCCUACUGACUUUAAAAGUGAAGCGCUGACUGUUGAUCCCAAAAUGUUCCAGUGUUUGUGGAAACCAGACCUGUUUUUUGCCAAUGAAAAAAAUGCAAACUUUCAUGAUGUCACACAGGACAACAUUCUCCUCUUCAUAUUCAGGAAUGGAGAUGUCUUAAUCAGCAUGAGACUUUCAGUGACUCUGUCUUGUCCCCUGGACCUCACACUCUUCCCGAUGGACACACAGCGGUGCAAGAUGCAGCUGGAGAGCUUUGGCUAUACCACCAGCGAUCUUGUGUUCAUGUGGCAGUCAGACCCGGUUCAGAUGGAUGAGAUCGCUCUCCCUCAGUUUGACAUCAAACAGGAGGAUAUCAAGUAUGGAAACUGUACAAAGUACUACCAAGGAACAGGUUACUACACCUGUGUGGAGGUGAUCUUCACGCUGCGUCGACAGGUCGGUUUCUACCUGAUGGGAGUUUAUGCUCCGACUCUGCUGCUGGUUGUUUUGUCCUGGUUAGCCUUCUGGAUCAACCCAGACGCCUCAGCUGCACGGGUACCACUGGGAAUUUUAUCCGUUCUUUCUCUGUCCAGUGAAAGCAUGUCCUUGGCUUCAGAGCUACCCAAAGUCUCAUAUGUAAAGGCCAUUGAUAUCUGGCUGAUUGCCUGUCUGCUCUUCGGCUUUUUCUCCCUGGUGGAAUAUGCCGUGGUGCAGGUUUUUCUAAACAGUCCCAAACUGAUUGAAGAGGAGAAAGCCAAAAUGGCCACAAAGGAAAAAGCGUUAAAAGAAAAAGAAGCAAAGAAGCCUUCAAAUAAAUCGAACAAUACAGUGAAUGGCACAGGUGGAACGCCAAUCCAUGCCAACACUUUACAGGUGGUUGAAAAUCGAUGCAAGAAAGUUUGCACCUCCAAGUCGGACCUUCGCUCCAACGACUUCAGCAUCGUGGGGUCUUUACCUCGAGACUUUGAGCUUUCUAACUUCGACUGCUACGGUAAACCUGUUGAAGUUAGCGGGCCGCUCAAGUCUCAGAACAAAGCCAACAAGAAACCCCCUCCGCCAAAACCUGUCAUCCCUGCUGCCGCUAAGCGUGUCGACCUCUAUGCAAGAGCUCUCUUCCCGUUCACCUUUCUCUUCUUCAAUGUGGUUUAUUGGUCGGUCUAUCUGUGAAGGAGGAAGUACAGUCCAAAUAAAAUUAUUUGUAUCUUAAUUAAAAACACUGUACUGACGCUGAUAUCACAUCUAAUUGGUAAAUGACAAUGCAAAUGAAAAUUCUGAAUUGUUUCCUGGUAUUUCAUAUUACAGGUGAUAUUAUAAGUCAUACCUCCAUGUAAAACCUGUAAAGUAUCCUAUUUUCUCCUGUAACUAUAAAUGAGCACAACCUGAGACCUAAUAGUUGUUUAAUUGGCCCUGCUUUCUGCCUGUAGAGGAAAAACCGUUGCAUGUAUGUUUCUGUGUUCGAUAGCGCUAUGUUUGGUGUAGCUUAAACCAUGCUGCAGUCGGUUAAAUCUGUUAAGAGUAUGUUACGGCUGGUAGUUGUUUAGAAAAACUGUAUGGGAGUCUCAGCUGGCCAAAUAGAUGCUUACAUA